AUGGCUGCCACAGACCUGGCUCACCACCCGACGGUGGCCCAUUAUCUCAGAUUCGUUGCUACUACAGUCGGCCGCGAUAAAAUCCUGCGCACCCUCCAAUACUUCUCGCGUUUCUACGCUUGGUACCUCUACCGCACCAACUACCCGCAAGCCUCCAUUGCCCCUUUCGAAGCCGUCAAGAAGCAAUUCGCCCUAACCCGCAAACUGCUCCGUUUCGGCAAGAAUGUAGAGCACUUCAAAGCCGCUGCCGUCCUCCUCGACUCGCGCUCACCGACGGCCACUGCCGAUCCCGUGCUCAAAUACCUCGGAAUCGGCCGCCAGCUCGGCUAUGCCAUCUACCUCUCCUUCGAUAUGGUGUUGUACCUAGAUUCCGCCGGGGUGCGCAAGAUGGCGAAUGCGAAGAAGCUGCAGGCUCGCGCGCUGAAGGCGUGGAUGGCUGGCUUGGUGUGCAGUGCCGUUUCCGGGCUGUAUUCGAUGUGGAUGUUGAAGGAGAGGGAAAAGGCUGUGAACAAGAAGGACGGCGAGAGUGUGGUUGAAGGGAAGAUGAUUGAAAAAGAACGCACGGCCGUCCUUACCCAGCUCGUUUCGGACUUCUGUGAUCUCACCAUCCCCAGCACAUCUCUUGGCUAUAUAAACUUGGAUGAUGGCAUUAUCGGCCUUGCCGGUACCGUCAGCUCCUUGAUUGGUGUACGGACAGCCUGGAGAAAGACCGCAUGA